UCUCGCGAUAAAGGCUCAUUGUCUCGCGGGACCGCGCCGGCAGACGGGCUCUCGGGUGGCCGGGCCCGGAGAAGAGGAGUCGCAUGUGUCGUUUCAGCCGGCGGUAGUGGCGGGAGCGGAGGCGUCGGCGGCUGUACGACCGCCCGGGUCUGUGAGAUGGCUGCUGACAUUGCCGAAUCCGGGGGCCAUGACUGCAAAGGAGACUCCAGGAGCAACACCAAGUUAGAUGCCGACUACCCGAUCCGGGUCCUUUACUGCGGAGUGUGUUCAUUACCAACAGAGUACUGUGAAUAUAUGCCUGAUGUUGCUAAAUGUAGACAGUGGUUAGAGAAGAAUUUUCCAAAUGAGUUCGCAAAACUUACAGUAGAAAAUUCACCCAAACAAGAAGCUGGAAUUAGUGAGGGUCAAGGACCAGCAGGAGAAGAGGAAGAAAAGAAAAAACAAAAGAGAGGUGGAAGGGGUCAAAUAAAACAAAAAAAGAAGACCGUACCACAAAAGGUUACGAUAGCCAAAAUUCCCAGAGCAAAGAAGAAAUACGUAACAAGAGUGUGUGGCCUUGCAACUUUUGAAAUUGAUCUUAAAGAAGCACAAAGAUUUUUUGCUCAAAAAUUCUCCUGUGGUGCCUCAGUGACAGGGGAGGAUGAGAUCAUCAUUCAGGGAGACUUUACAGACGACAUCAUUGAUGUCAUUCAGGAAAAAUGGCCAGAGGUGGAUGAUGAUAGUAUUGAAGAUCUUGGAGAAGUGAAGAAGUGAUUUUGAGAAUUUGUCUGUAUUUAAUGGUCUGAACUGAGAGUUGGCCAAAGGGGGAGAGGCCUUUUGAAAAGAAAAUAUUUAUCCUACAGUAAAACUGUGGACUACCCUCGCCCUUGGCAUUUUCACUGUUCUGUACAAGGCUGCUUGUGUUUUGUUUUGUUUUUUUAUUGCCAAAGUCCUAUAAACAGGGGAGACUGUCAUGCUUAUGCAUGAAAUAGAAUUUAGUCAAAUAAAAAUUUUUGGUCAUUUGGUCCUGA